AUUUGUCUCUCAGGACACAGUUCUUGAUCAUCUUGAUUUGGAGAGAGCGACACAGCGUCCCCUCAUCCCAAACUGUCCCAGCCGCUGGGCGACUGCAGCGCCUGCUGCUAACCUCUCCCUCCGGGGGCAGGAAUUGUCCGCUGCGCCUUUAACGGGCGUCGUUACACCGGCGGCGGAGCUGCAGGAAGCUCGUGGUGCCCUGGCGGCUGCUCCCCUCCGGCUCCCGGCGCUGCAGCCUGAACCCCGGGAGAGGUGCCGCUAGAGGCAGCCGAAGGAAACAAAUGUGGCCAAGGAGCGCAAGACGCCUCGUCUCCCUGUGCGCUAGGAGAGCUCCGGCGGCGAGCCGCUAGGGCGCAGCGGGCGUGGAGAGCGGCGGCCUCGGGCAGGUGCGGGACUCGGGGGACUCCGCGGCAGGAACCGAGGCGCCCGGGGAGAUGGCGAAAGCCUCACGCCCAGCUGGUUCGCGCAGAUUCAGUGGCACUCAGUGGCACAUGCAGAACAUCAUUAAUGACUCUGUGGAAAGCUCAGACGAUGAAUUUUUUGAUGCCCGAGAGGAGGUGGUGGAAGGGAAAAGUGCCAUUCUCAUAGGAAUGAGCCAGUGGAACUCCAAUGACUUGGUAGAGCAGAUCGAAACAAUUGGGAAGCUGGAAGAAAAUCAAGCAGGUGAAGAGUCUGCGGUUUGCUCGUCUGGCUUUCUCCAGGAAAAGCAACGUGAAUUAUAUAGAGCGUCUUUGAGAAAACAAAGAUUCCCUGCACAAGGCAGCAUUGAAAUACAUGAGGACAAUGAGGAAGGAGCUCAGCACAGGAACUGUAAAACUCACGUCCUUAUUCUUGUCCUACACGGGGGCAACAUCUUAGAUACAGGAGGAGGGGACCAGAACUGCAAGAUGGCUGACAUCAACACCUUCAGUUCCGUGUUUGAGAAGGUGACCCGAGCCCAUUUCCCUGCUGCACUGGGCCACAUCUUAAUCAGGCUUGUCCACUGCCCAGCCAUCUGUUUGGAGGCUUUCUCUCUUGUUUCCAACCUGAAUCCCUACAGCUAUGAUGAGAACUGCCUAAGCAGUAGUGAAGACCACAUCCCACUGGCUGCCUUGCCCUUGCUGGCCAUUUCCUCCCCUCAGUACCAGGAUGCAGUUGCCAUGGUGAUUAACAGAGCCAACCAAGUUUACAAUGAAUUUCUCAAGUCUCCAGAUGGGACUGGUUUUAAUGGACAGGUGUGCCUCAUCGGUGACUGUGUUGGAGGAAUUUUGGGGUUUGAUGCCAUCUGCUACAGUGCUGGCACCGCAGGCGAGAGUCAAAACAGUAGCAGGAGAGGGAGCCUCGGCAGCAUGCAGGAUAAUCCCCUCUUAGCAGAGGAUUCCAGUCUGGGUGGCAGCAAACGCCUAAGCAAAAGUAAUAUUGACAUUUCGGGAAUCAUGGAGGAUGAGGAGCCAAGGCAACCGUUGCCAAGGAAACAGAGCGACUCAUCCACUUAUGACUGUGAUACUAUAUCCCAACACCAUGCUUUCCUGUCUAGUAUCCACGCGAGUGUUAUGAAGAACGAUGCAGACUUUCCUCCUAUGAGCAGCUCCAGUCUCUCGGAAGUAAACCUGGGACGGUUUGAAUUUGAAGUUUCAGAUUUCUUCCUGUUUGGAUCACCACUUGGUUUAGUACUGGCCAUGAGGAGUACUGUUCUGCCUGGACUGGAUGUGUGCCAGGUCCGUCCAGCUUGCAGCCAAGUGUACAGUUUCUUUCACUCUGCUGAUCCCUCUGCCUCCAGGCUUGAGCCAUUGUUGGAGAAAAAAUUCCACCUCUUGCCUCCAUUUAAUGUCCCCAGGUACCAGAGAUUUCCACUGGGAGAUGGAAGAUCACACCAGUUAGCCGACACUCUUCACAACCAGAGCGCCCUGUUUCUUGAGAACAUCUCCAGGGUCAGACCCGCCUCUCCAGAGACUCCAGAAUCUCCAGACACGCAGAGUCAGUCACAAGGAAAGACAAGGAGGACAAGCUUGGUCAGCAUGAACAGUGAAACCUCCGGGUCGACAGAGAGCUUGCCAUCAGCAAACAUCUCCAGUAUUACUGCCAAAUGGUGGGGAACAAAGCGAAUAGAUUACGCCCUGUACUGCCCAGAUGUUCUAACAGCAUUCCCAACAGUGGCCCUGCCCCAUCUCUUCCACGCCAGCUACUGGGAAUCAACUGACGUUGUGGCAUUCAUUUUAAGACAGGUGAUGAGGUAUGAAAAUGUGAAUGUCAAGGAAAAUGACAGCUUGGACCCUGCAACACUAAGCCCCUCCAAUCCACGAGAGAAAUGGCUACGCAAGAGGACACACGUCAAGCUCCGAAAUGUAACUGCCAAUCACAGAGCAAACGACGUCAUUGCAGCGGAAGAUGGUCCUCAGAUACUGGUUGGGCGGUUUAUGUAUGGCCCCCUGGAUAUGGUCGCUUUAACGGGUGAAAAGGUUGAUAUCCUUAUUAUGACUGAACCCUCUUCGGGCAGGUGGGUGUAUUUUGACACAGAGAUCACCAAUAGCAGUGGAAGAAUAUCCUACAACAUACCCAAACAGAAGAGGCUUAGAGUUGGCGUGUAUCCCAUCAAAAUGGUGGUUAGGGGCGACCAGAGCAAUGCACUGAGUUACUUGACUGUGCUUCCCCCGGGAAUGGAGUGUGUGGUGUUUAGCAUUGAUGGCUCCUUUGCAGCGAGUGUCUCAAUCAUGGGUAGUGACCCCAAAGUCCGAGCUGGGGCAGUCGACGUUGUCCGCCACUGGCAGGAUCUGGGAUACCUGAUCAUCUAUAUCACUGGCCGUCCUGAUAUGCAAAAGCAGAGAGUGGUCUCCUGGUUAUCUCAGCACAACUUUCCUCAAGGGAUGAUUUUCUUCUCGGAUGGGCUUGUUCAUGACCCACUACGACAAAAGACUAUUUUCCUCCGGAAUCUAAUGCAAGAGUGCUACAUCAAAAUUUGUGCUGCGUAUGGCUCAAUGAAGGAUAUUUCCGUGUACAAUGUUUUGGGUCUGUCGCCUUCCCAGAUCUACAUAGUUGGACGUCCGACAAAGAAAUACCAGACUCAAUGUCAGUUCCUCAGUGAAGGUUACGCGGCGCACUUAGCCUUGCUGGAGUUCAGUCUCCAUUCACGGCCCAAGAAGAACAACUCCCGGAUGAUCUUGAGGAAAGGAAGCUUUGGCCUGCACUCCCAGCCCGAGUUUCUGCGGAAACGGACUCACCUUCGCAGGACUAUGUCUGUGCAGCAGCCUGACCCCCCUUCGUCAAACCCCAAACCAGAGCGUGCCCAGAGCCAGCCUGAAUCAGACAAAGAUCACGACAGGCACCUGCCCCCCAUAGCCUGGGUUCGAGGUGGGGUCCAUAAAUUUGAGUCUGCACCUUAGGAAGCAUUGAGGUGUAAGUCUUGGGUGCCGGCCAAUCAACCUGUAGGCAUGAGGUGGGACACAUAACCAGAGGCUUCCUUGCUCUGGAAUCUGCCUUCUUAAACCAAGUAGGGAACUUUGUUUGUUCCUCUUAACAUACCUAUUCUACAAUUUUAAAUCCAGAUCUAAAACUAUCGCAAGUGCUUAACAUCAAAACUGCAAAAUAUGUCUUAGAAUUUUUUUUACAAGACACAUUCUAAAAUGUGCAAUAAGAGAAAAGCUGUAACAGGUUGAUUUUACUCAAGGGAAGAUGCUAAAAGGAGUGACAUCAGCUAAUUAGUAACACCUUAAAAAAAACAUAAGCGGGUAAAAUGCGUGAAAGAGAAGGCUUACAUUUUAAAACCCUAAUGGCUGUAUCAAUUGCUGCUAUACACCUGAGAAAGUGUUAUACACAGAAGGGAAGUGCAGGUGGAGUGGAAUGUGGAAGGCAAACUCUUUGGGUGCCUUAAGCCCAAGAAAAUUUCCUUUGGCUUAUGGUGUUGAUGAAUGUGCAUCAGCUCAAGUUCUGAUCUAUACAUCUUAUAAGUCAGGUAGCUAGACUUAAAAUACCCACUGGAGAAAUCGACUUAUGAACCAAAUCAAACACUUGAUUGAUUAAAAAAAAGUCUCUCUCUACUGCAGUCUGAAGGACUGAUAGUGUUGCUAUAUACAAAGAUCACACAUUUUUCAUGGAGCUUGGUGACUGUACAAAUGUUUGAAUUGCUUCAGGCAACAAGAUGGGUUUGACCCUUUUGAUACAAGACAUGGAUCCUACAUGGGUAAGCUAAAGCAACCCCUCUUCUGUAGUGUCUCCAGAAUUUUACAAUGGAUGAAAAUGAGUGAUAAAAUCAUAACUGGUUUUAUAUGGGUAAUUUUCUCCUUGUCACUGCUGUUUAAAGAAACUAUAUGCUAUGAAAGUGUAGGUGCAGUUUCUGUUAAAACAAAUCUUACUCUAUUUAAAAUACCCACAUUUAAGCUUCAUAGAAACUAGAUGCUAUGAAAUUGCAGCUGCCAGUUAAAAGUACUCAUUUUCUAAUUAUCAGAAAAUUCCAUUUAGAUGGUCUCAGCUCACAGAGGUAAAUUGUGUAGUCAUUUUAGGAUAGAAGCAAAGAGCCAGAUCCUGCAAAUUCUUACUCGUGAUAACUCCUACUGAGCUGAAUUCAGAGGAACUACUCAAACUUUUCAGGAUUGGGUCCUAACAAGCAUGUUUUCCCAUCUUUAUUAAGGUUGUAAGUGCUCAUAAACCAGUUUUUAAUCCUUAAAGAGGUGGUGUUCCUGAGCCUGGGAGAGUUUAAAUAAAGUUACCCAUUUUUCAAGUCUUAUCCAUCUUGAAUGCAGGCCAGAUGCAGGCUCAAAUGAGCCUAUUGGUUAUUGAGACAUAGUAUGUACAAGAAAUGCUAUGGGGAAAUGACCACGAGGCAGUAGACGGAAAAAGGAAACCUGCAUUAUUUGAAGACCCCAGAGAGCUAUGAGAGGUUCCGAUGGGUGAUUCCUACCCAAGGAAGCAGCAAAUUAGCUCUACCAGUGGAGCACCUUAGGUACAUUUCUGUAUUUUAUUCUGUGGGAGGAAUGCCAAAGUUACCUGCUCUUUUGUAUUACACUUGUAAUCAGUCUACAUGCAAAAAUUUAGCUUUACAUUUCCUGACAGAUCUAAUAGCAUUUCACAUUAACUUUAUUGUUUCUCUUAAAUUAAACUGGAGUGUUGAAGUUAAAAUUAA